GAUCACAGAAUUGAAUAGUUCGUGUAAAACUAUAUAAAGUUUUAAACAUUACAUAUUCGUGUUGCGUGGUAUACAAGGAACAGAGAGAAUUUAGGUUUGACCUCAUAGAGGAAGAAGAAAUGAACGUAGAACAGCUUGAGAAACCUAUCACUUACGACGUAAAACAUGAGGCGGAGAAGAUUCCGGCGACGGAGAAAAGCAGUGAAGCGGCGGAGGACAAAGAGAAGGGUGUUGUCGCCGAUGCCUCCGGUGGACAGGCGGAGGGAGAAGUAAACGAGAAAAAGAUUGUAGCAAAUCCUCCGGCUUCGGAAGGAACCAUAACGAUAGGAGAGGCUCUAGAGGCGGCGGUUCUCACAGCAGGGAAUAAACCGGUAGAGUGGAGUGAUGCAGCCGCGAUACAAGCGGCUGAGGUUAGAGCCACGGGAAGGACCAACAUCAUGCCCGGUGGUGUUGCCGCUUCGGCUCAAUCUGCUGCCACUCUCAAUGCUAGAGCUAACUCGGAGGACGACAAGACUACGCUCGCCGUUGUUCUCACUGGAGCAAGAAGCAAGUUACCAUCAGACAAACCCGCCACGAGGAAAGACGCAGAGGGGGUGACAGGUGCAGAGAUGAGGAACGAUCCUCACCUCACUACUUACCCAACCGGCGUGGCCGCCUCUGUAGCUGCAGCUGCUCGGAUUAAUCAAGCCAAGUGAUACCCAUUCUUUUCUUUCUUGAGACUCACGUGACUAAUGGUAUCGAGUUGUCAAGUAUGUAAACUAGCUUAUUUGUAUAUAUGUUGAUGUGUAUAAUAAUAUAAGAUUUUGAAACUU